AUGUCCAGCCAAAGAGCACCACGGCAUAUCGAUAAGGAGGCACGCGAAGACGAUGAUCUCCAAUAUGGCCAUGGGCCCUUGAGCAAGGAAGAACUCGAGGCCAAGUAUCCAAACCGCCCUCUCAACCAGCACAAGACCCUCCCGUUCCAUGAACUCUUGGUCUCCCUCUUCACUCCAUUGAGCGAGAACAAGAAGAAGCCAACCGGCCCCUCAGCUGCCGGUCGCGCCAAGCGUGGGCCUCAUGGGCCAACCCAUCAGUCUCCUCAUGGAGUCCGCCGCAUCAUUAUCGAGCGUUUUAUUUCUCGGUGGAGGAGCGAGGUCGGCCAUGACUUUUAUCCUGCAUUGCGUCUUAUUAUUCCCGAGAAAGACCGUGACCGUGCGAUGUAUGGGCUGAAGGAGAAAACAAUCGGCAGGCUACUUGUUAAGCUAAUGAAAAUCAAUAAGAACUCCGAGGAUGGCUAUAAUCUACUCAAUUGGAAGCUGCCAGGCCAGACAUUCGCAAGUAGGAUGGCAGGAGACUUUGCGGGAAGAUGCUUUGAGGUACUAUCAAAGAGGCCGAUGAGGACAUCAAUGGGCAAUAUGCGAAUUGCGGAGGUCAACCAGCUGUUGGACCAGCUAUCUUCCGCGCCUAAAGAGGAGGCGCAGCUACCAAUUUUCCAGAUAUUCUAUAAUAGGAUGAACGCUGAUGAGCUGAUGUGGUUAAUUCGAGUAAUCCUCAGGCAGAUGAAAGUUGGUGCUUCGGAGAAGACAUUCCUUGAUUUAUGGCACCCAGAUGGAGAAACUUUAUUCAAUGUUUCCUCAAGUCUUCGCCGGGUAUGUUGGGAACUCACGGAUCCUUCCAUCCGCCUAGAAGGAAACGAGACAGGAGUUACGCUCAUGCAAUGUUUCCAGCCGCAAUUAGCUCAGUUCCAAAUGCAUUCAUUUCACAGGAUGGUCGACAACAUGAGGCCUACCCCGGAAGACACCGAGUUCUGGAUUGAGGAGAAGCUGGAUGGUGAAAGGAUGCAAAUGCACAUGGUCGAGGAUGAUUCAGUUCCAGGGGGGAGGAGGUUUGGGUUUUGGUCCCGAAAGGCCAAAGACUACACCUAUCUCUAUGGCAGUGGGUUCGAGGAUGAAAAUGGCGCCAUAACGAGCCAUUUGAAAAAAGCCUUCGAUUCGGGUGUUAGAAACUUGAUCCUCGACGGCGAAAUGAUAACCUGGGAUCCCGAGGCAGAUAUAAUGGUCCCAUUCGGUACUCUUAAAACUGCUGCCCUGUCUGAACAGCGCAACCCAUUUGCUGGCAAUGGCCCGCGUCCACUCUUCCGAAUUUUCGACAUCAUCUACUUGAAUGAUGAGCCUCUAACUCAGUAUACUCUUCGUGACCGACGCCGAGCUCUCGAAAGAUGCAUCACGAACGUUCACCGAAGGUUUGAAGUUCAUUCUUAUAACUCGGCACAUUCUGUAGAAGCCAUAGAGCCUCUGCUCCGGAAGGUCGUGGCGGAAGCUUCUGAAGGUCUAGUGCUCAAGAAUCCUCGCUCCAUCUACCGCCUCAACUCGCGUAAUGACGACUGGAUGAAGGUGAAGCCAGAGUACAUGACCGGCUUUGGCGAGUCUCUAGACUGCAUCGUCAUUGGUGGUUAUUAUGGCUCCGGGCAUCGGGGAGGCCGCCUUUCGAGCUUUCUUUGUGGACUAAGGGUUGAUCAAAACCACAUACAAAAGGGAGCGGAUCCAAUGAAGUGUUAUUCGUUCUUCAAGGUUGGAGGCGGGUUCAAGGCCGAGGAUUACGCCAAUAUUAGACACCAUACAGAGAAUAAAUGGGUGGAUUGGGACCCAAGGAAGCCGCCCAUACCCUUAAUCGAGCUAGCAGGAGGUGAAGCUCAGUUCGAAAGGCCGGAUGUAUGGAUCAGACCUUGCGACUCAGUAGUUGUAUCCGUCAAAGCCGCCUCCGUAUGCGCCAGCGACUCGUUCAGGGUGGGUUUGACGCUACGCUUUCCGCGCUUCAAGCACCUACGGAUGGACAGGGACUGGAGUACUUCACUGAGUAUUCAAGAAUUCAUAGAUUUGAAGUCAAGAUUGGAGGAUGAAAGCAGAGAAAAGGAAUUCACGGUCGACACUCGGCGCAAGGCGGCGAAGACAUCUAAGAAGCAACUUCUAGUCGCAGGGAAUGAUAAUAAAGCGACUAAGCCAUAUGCGGGGCAGGGUUCAGACGCGUUCCAUGGCCUAAAUUUCUGCGUGCUGAGUGAAGCUACAAAGUUGCCCAAAAAGAGCAAGGUGGAGCUAGAACAGUACAUUAAGGCAAAUGGCGGCUCCAUAUUUCAGAGUCCUACGACACAAGCAGAUACGAUCGUUAUUGCAGAUAAGAAAGUUGUGAAGGUGGCCAGCUUAAUGAAGAGCGGGUUACAGAACGUGGUGAGGCCAAGAUGGUUGUUUGAUGCCGUUCUGCAGUACGAAGCUGACCCCGGGCGGGAGACGCAUUUGGUGCUUUUUGAGCCGCGGCACAUGUUUUACACGGUCCAGCAUGAGAUAGAAAGGGUCCAGCAAAAUGUCGAUAGGUUUGGUGACAGCUAUGCACGCGAUGUGGGGGCCACGGAGUUGAAGGAAAUAUGCGAUAAUAUGCCCAAGGAAGAGCUGGAAAGUGGUCUCGAAACAGACAGACUAUUAAGUCAGCUACAGGGGGGGCACCAUGAUCUCGGAUUGAGAGAUAUGAAGGGCUUCAUGUUCUCGGAUUUUUUGGAGCAUAAGUUAAGAUUCGGAUUGGCAAGUAUCAAAUCGGACUUGGAGGAUACAAAUAUCACACAUAUCGUUGUGCAGGAGGGUCUUGACAGGUUGAAAUCUAUCAGGGAGAAAAUUUCGCAUAGGAGGGUAGUGCCGCGAAUUAUCACACUCGAGUGGGUUGAGGACAGUUGGAGGGAAGGAACACUUCUGGAUGAAGAUAGAUAUGCACCAGGAGGUUAG